UCACCAAAAAAACGUGCGCGUGCUGCAUUUCAUUGUAAUAUAUUUUAAUUGUUUUCUAAAUUUCUGUUUACUGUCAGACACCAUUUAAACAGCAGCAAGAUGUGGCCGCGUUUUGGCAUCAAAAUUGGUAAUAGCACGCUCUGCAUUGCUUAUGUAAGAGCCGAUGGCAAGGCCGAAGUGAUUGCGAACAAGCAAGGAGAUCGCGUCUCGCAGGCGUGUUUGCUCUGGAACGGCGAUACGGAGAUCGAGUGCGGUCUGACGGCCAAACAAAAGAUGGCCACACGUCCCAAACAGGCGGUGGCACACAGUUUCCAGCUGCUGCAGCCCAAGGAAUCGCUUAGCGAGGACAAACUGUCCAAUGCGCUGAAGGAAGUGCCAUGUGAAUACGACAAGGAGACGUUUGUGUUCCGCAUGGAGCACACAAUACCCGCCGAUAAGGAGGAUCAGGAUGAUAAGAUUGUAACAAAAGAGUUGAGUGCUGUGGAGGUCACCGAGCAGCUGCUGCGCGCUGAACUGGAGCUGGCUCGCCAAUACCAUACGGAUACGGAUCAUGCGCCCAUUGCCGUGCUCUCGAUUCCCAGCUACUAUCCGCCGCAAGCUGUCAAGCUGCUCUCGGAUGCAGCCAAGUCAGCUGGCUUUAAUGUGGCCCAAGUCAUUGCCGAGCCCACAGCUGCUGUGCUGUGCUAUAAGAUUGGCGAGGAGCAGUUGGAGAAACCGUUGGAGAAGCUAGAGCGUCAGCAUGUGCUGACCAUCAAAUGCGGUGGAUUGUACAGCGACUUUGCCUUGUAUGCCGUCCAGAACGGUUACUUGAUGGAGCUGGCCACGUUUGGACCCUUCUCCAUUGGCGGCCGUCAGUUCACCGAGGCGCUGGUGCAGUUCAUCUGUGAGGAGUUCAAGCGCAAGUACAAACUGGAUCCGCAUGAGUCACGUCGCUCUCUGGCCAAAAUCCGCACUGCUGCCGCCAAUUGCAAGCAUAUCCUAACGACGCUACCCUCCACGCAGCUCUACAUUGAUUCUCUCAUGGAUGGCGUUGAUUACAAUGCUCAAAUGUCUCGUGCCCGCUUCGAGAGUCUUAUACAGCCGGUGAUCAACAACUUAAUACAACAGCUGGGGGAAUGCGUGGAGCGUGCACAGCAGGAUCAUCCGGAACUGAAGCGCAUCGAUGACAUUGUGCUGCUGGGUGCCACCAUGCAAAUACCCAAACUGCAGGCGGCGGUGGCUGCCCGCUUCCCGGAUGCCAAGCUCCACACCAGCCACUCGGCCGAUGAGGUGGUUGCCAUUGGCUGUGCCCGUCAAGCGGUUUAUCUGCUCGAUCCACAGCAGGCGCAGCUGCAAAAGGCCGACGAUUGUGUUCUGGUCGAGGAUGAUUUGUACAUUUGGCAUGGCAAUGAUGAAUCGAAUGCCAAGCUGGUCCUCAGCAAGGGCAGCAUAUUGCCGGCCAAGAUUAAGGUGUCGCUGCCACAGUCGGGCGAAGGUGAUGCCAUCGAUGCAUUGGCCUCAUUUAAGCUACGCACUGGACAGAGUGAGAUUCUGGCGCAUCUGCCGGAUACGACGCCCACCACGGACGAUGGCCUCUUUCAGCUGGAGGUGGAAGUGGAUUGGGAUGACAAGGAUGGCAAUAUUGUGCCAUUGGUGCGACUACGCUGUAUGUGAACUCAAUCAUUUAGUCUAUUUAUUGUUGGUAGCCUAAUACUUAUCCUAAACGAGUAUAUAAUAAAUUCAAAUGCUUCAAUCAAUUAAA